GGGUAUUCAGCAUGCUAACAGCGUACACUGAGCCUCAGGUUAAAGACAUUGGGCACGCACAGUGUUGCACAGCCCAUCACGCUGCCGUCUCCAUCUCCACAGCUUGUGGAGGAUGCUGGUGUUGGAAAACCAGGAGGAGCUGCAGAUGCUGAAGAAAGAGCUGCAGAGCUGCUUCCCCGAGUCCCUAAAGGUCUAUGGGGCUGUACUGAACAUCUGUCAAGAAAAUCCCUUUCAUCAGGAGAUACUUGUGGAUUCCUGGCCUAGCUUCCGUGCUGUCAUUGCAAGGCCCCAAAGAGAGAAAGCGUCAUCAAAGACCAACUAUUUUGCCGGCUCCUAUGCAGUUUUCUAUAGGGAGCUGGGUGCCUACCAGCAAUUGGUUAAAGAUACAGAUGCUAUUGACUGGAGUCAAGAAUUCCUAUUGCAAGGCCUUCAGGAUGGCGUGCAUCAGAUGUCUCGGACCCUAGCAGCUGUCAAACACUUCUCUUCAAAGCUGGUGUCUCAGACUCGGGUUUUUGUUCUGCUGAAGCCCUUGAAUCUGCCUGCUACCACACCCACGGCAGGCUCUGAGCUGAAGUUCUCAUCCCUCAAUGCGACCCAAGUCACGCUGUUGAAUGACACUUGGAGCGUAGGUGGCCAUGAGCAGAGCCUCCAGUACUUGACUCAGCUGAUCAGCUCCUUUCCCAGUAGUUGCCUUCUAGAUGCUGGAGGAUGUCCAAUCUCUUGGGUCCUGCUGGAUCAGUUUGGAUGCUUGACCCAUGCUUAUACCAUGCCAGCUCACCGGGGCAAAGGCUACAUUCAGCAGGUGAUCGCAGCACUAGCCCAAAAGCUAGAGAAGAUGGACUACCCAGUGUAUGGGGAUGUCCUAGAAGACAACACAUCUAUGAAGAGGGCCCUGCAAUGCCUUGGGGCUCACUUUACUUCUUGCUUUUUGUUCUAUGACCUGCAAACCCCCCUGGCCCGGCAGGAAGAGGCGCCUUGAAUCACUGGGAGCACCCUAGCCUUUGCAAAAUAUCUAGUAACAGUAGAACUGGUUGUUCCCCAUCUCAGAUCUCCAUGGCAAGCUGUUCCUUCAGCUGUCAACACCCAGAUUUUAGAAUACAAUGGUUAAUCAAAUCAAAGAAACCCCAGCGGGAAGUCUGAAAUCUCUGCUUAACCCACCCAGAAUGCAGCUCCCCACCUGGGCUCCCAGGACGCUCGUCAUCUCACCCCCACACAGGGUUGUGGCUCAGUGGCAGAACAUCUGCUUUGCAUGCAGAAGGACUUGGUUCAGUCACCAACACCUUGUGAAGAGGACCAGGCAGCAAGUGAUGUGAAGAAGACCUCUACCUGAAGCCCUGGAGAGCUGUUCCCAG